CGAAACUUUAAAAAAUAAAUAAAUAAAUAAAUAAAAUAAUUAGUGCAUAUUGGUAACUUAGCCAUGCACCAUGCACGCAAAUUACACAAACGAAAAACAGCAAAAAGAAAGGGAGGAAGAAGCGGACCUUAAGAACCUCCAUUUCCCCUCUCACGUAAAUUACGUUAAAUCACACAAACAAAUUGUCCCCAAAACCUUCCAAUAUCACAAACAAAUAUUUCUUCCCUAUUUCAUCCAUCUCAUAAUCUCCUCCAUUUUAGCACUCCCAACAAACAAGAACAAACCCAAAAAAAAAAACACAAAGCUCUACCCUCCUAUACCAAGGCAGGGCAAGAGACUCCUAGAGAUCUCGAGAUCGAAUAGGAAUAAAGAAUAAGAACUUCAUUCCCCUCUUACUUUCUUUCUCCUUUGCAUUCGAAAACCGAAAAAAAAAAAAAUGGCAAUUCGACUCGGGAUAGUUUUCCUUCUUGUGGCCUUGGCCUGUGCCAUGGUUGUCAACUCAUCCCCAACCUUUGACUCCGCCUUCGGCAUUUCCUCCAUCGCCACGGCUAAAGGUGAUGGCGGCUUAUCUGACGUCAGAGUGGGGGAUUUCAUCGAUGACGCCGAGGAAAUGAUGAUGGAAUCCGAAUCUACACGAAGAACUCUUCGCGGCAGGGGAAGGAGGAUCAGUUAUGGAGCCAUGAGGAAGGGAGCCACUCCGUGCAACCGGCGCGGCGCUUCCUACUAUUCAUGCAAUAGCCACGGUGCUGCCAACCCUUAUCGCCGUGGGUGCUCCCGGAUUGCAAGAUGCUCCAGAAACACUCGCUAAGUUUCAUCACCAUUAUUCAACCAACCUGCCUUCAAUUAUUUGUGUGUGUGUUUGUGUUCAUGGAAAAAUGGAGAGAGACAGAGAUAAAGAGUGGUUUCAAGUAUGCCCUGGUAAUCCUAGGAAUAAUAACAAUGUUGCUGGAGGUGGAUUUAUACUCAUAAAAAUCAGUCUUGGUUAACCUAUGCACGAAUUCAUUUCUCUCAUCUCAGUUUUUAAUGGAGUAGAUUCUGUGUUUUUCGGUCCUUUGUGUUUUUCUUGUUGUUUAUGUAACCUGCGAUCAAUGUCUGUACAUCAUUAUUGAUUAUUGAUAUUGGUAAAAUAAAAUUUAUUAUUAUAAUUGUUACUGUUUAUGCAUCAUUACAGAAUGACCAA